CCCAAUUCGUUGGUUUCAAAAUUCAAGGCGAUCGAUCAAGAAAUUCCCAUACUUUCCUUCCAUUGCUAGACAAAAUGAAAGUGAAAGCGGGGCUGAGCCUGCUGUGGCUGCUGACCGGCGGAGGCUGCUUCGAUGGGUGCCGCGACCACGCCCAGGCCUCGGGUGGGAUCGGGACCCGAAUAUGGAAUCUUAGCGACCGCCCUGUGGAGCUCCAGAUCAGGGUGGGCUCGAUCCUGAAGAAGGUGCACACCGUCAAGCCCGGGUCUUCCAAGCGGCUCAAGGGCAAGUCCAUAUACCGAGCCUACAUGCCAGGCGGAGGCAGAGGGAACAGCUCCAGGAGCAUGCUGUACUACUACGACGAGGCAUGUCGGCCCUACAUUUGGAUCCACGACACGGGCGGGGACUUCACAAGGGUGGUGAAGCAGCAGUACCUUAGCCUCGAGGACCUCCGGGACUGCUCCGAGAUCAGGAUCCUCAGGGACGGCCUCAGAGGAUGUAUCUGUGUCCGGAAGAAACCCCGUCCAGAUUUCUGCUAACCAUUCUCCCUCCCAUUUUUGUUAUCGGUUUGAACGUGGUAACCCUAGGGAUUGCUUGCUGCAUUGUGUUUUAUCGUAAUUUAUCGAGUAAUUGCGAUUGGCUUUACGAGAUCAUGAAGUUGAUCAUAGUGCUCGUAAUACAUUGCAUGAAUCAGUAACGAUCAGCCAUUGAACUGAAUAUAUGCUAAGCUUAGAUGCAUAUCUACAAGACCCUUUAAUGA